UUUGUAUGUAUUUGUUUGUUUGGUGAGAAUAAAAAAAAAACAAUUAAGUUAAAGAUAGAAAAGGAGCUAUUGGCAUCAAAGCAUUAAAAGGAAAUGACACUAUUAUUUAAAUCAUCAUGACGUCAUAGCUGGAUUAUAAAACACUGAGAAGAGCGCCGGCAAGUGUGGUCCAGACCGUUUGCAUUAAGUUGCUGGGAUGGAUAUGAUUUACAUACUCAUCUGCGGACUGUUCAUGGUCAGUCUUUCACUUUACGCAAAACCAGUCACCACAGUCCAGUACAAGUCCACAAAAACUCUCCCGGUUGAGAACAGAAGCACGAGACCAGUGAGGAAUGGAACAGAAGACGCGCGAGUGCUGAACAAGUCGCGCGCAGCGAAAGAGCCGCGAGAGCUGGACACGAGCGCCAAAGGCUCAAGACAGCGGCCGUCAUCAGGCGAUCAUUCUAAUGCACGUAAGAAGCCCCCCAAAAAUAGAGAAAAACGGAAAAACUGCUUCGGUUUCAAGAUGGAUAGAAUAAGUGAUGUAAGUGGAAUGGGUUGUAAAAGUGACUGAGGGGCACAAGAGCACUAAUGUUGCAGAAAUGAACAAAAUGCCUCAUGCUGAAUGAACAUGAAUCAACGAAUGAGUCGUCAGUGAUGCCUUAUAUUGCAACAAUGGAUAGAAGUUGGAUCAUCCCUAAAGAAUUAGGCCUACUGUAAUAUUAGCUAGGCUAUUAUAUGUCAUAUUGCCAUGCAAUUUUUAAAUGUUCCAAUCAUAUUGCAUUUGAAUUUCCAGAAAACAACCA